CCACAACCGGCUCUUGAAGGAGUGUUUGGAGGAACUCUCCGAGCCGCACUCUGCUCGCCGGAUAUCGUCAUCGCGGUCUUCUACAAGCAUUCGACCUCCUUCACAUCCACAGCUGGGCUCAAUUGGCUUCGACGGUGUUGAAGAUGCACGACGCUGCGACCCACUCCUUCCUCUCCCAGAUCCCGCUCAUCAUCUCCCCGUUCCUAAAAGUCCCCCAACCCGUCUCUCUUCCACUCAACUAUGCCCCUCUCCCGCGCGCACUCCCGCCCUCCUCCGCCGCUCUCUUCAGCGAAGUCAAGACCAUCCUCGCUUCCGUCGAGGACCAGAAGAAGCAGGUCGUCGACCGCCACGAGCAUGCGAAGCGGGUCGUCGCAAAGUGGGAGGAGCAGAUAAGCCAGGCCGAGACCAUGCAUCAGCGCCAGAUCGCGCCGGGCUACCUCGACUCAAAAGUCCACAUCCUCGAGCCCAGGCAUCUCGACGAUCCCUCGUCUACUGCAUCGCCUGUCCUGUCUGCCGCCUCUGUCGCGCCACCGCAGACUACCGCUCCCGUGCAGCCUACGCCUAUCCAUGCUGCUACCUUUGCUGACUACAGCGCGCCGGCUGCUCCUACCCCGGCACCGGCCCAGCAGUCGUUGAUUUCUGUGCCGCCUACGCCUGCACCGCAGUAUGGCUAUGACCGAGCUUACUCAUCGCCUGUCUACGCUCCUCCUCCCCAGCAGCAGAUGUACACUUCUCCCCCCGUCCAAUCUCCAAAAGUCCCACCCUCCCUCUCCCACUCCGCCUCCUUCCACAGCGAAGCCUCGGUCUACCAAUCCCAGUCCUCGAUCUACGACCCUCCAUCCUACCAAUCCCACCAACCCCCCAUCCCCGAGCCUUCCCCCGCCUUCUCGCGACGACCCACCGCCCAGCGCCAAGUCUCGUCCUCCGCCCACUCCGUCAGAUCUGGCUCGCCCGCUCCCCCGGGCCCCCCGCUCCCUCCUCGCCCGCCUUACGAGCUCAUCCAUCGUCCUCUGCGUCUAUCCACCAUGCGCAAGCCGACCAUCGGAGAAUUCCCAUGGGCCCGCGCAGCCGCUGAAGCAGCUCGCUCGCUCCGCGGCGGCGACGCAGGUCGUCCGCCUCCUGCUGGAGGCUACGGCUCGGUCGCAGCCGAACAGCCGUACUCUCUCCAGCGAACCGAUUCGAAUCGCACGGACGUCUCGACCCUGUACGAGACGCCUGCGUUUAGACGGUCUUCGCUCCCGAGAUUAGACUCGUACCGCGGACGGGAUUCUAGUUUCGGAUCUCUCGACGCGAAGCUGAGCGAAUACCUCGGCCGUCCACCGACUGUCGAUUCAGAAUUGCCAAAGUACACGUCCUCGACGCGAACGACUCUCGAUCCGCUUCCGGAGAAGAGUACUUUCGAACCCAGCUAUCUCCGCGACUAUUCCCCUCCACCACCGCCUGCCGCUGAGACCGCCCAGCUUAUCGAUCUCGACGACGAGGAGCCGGCGCCGCUUCAGUCUCCUAAACCGUCUUCAGAGCUCAUCGGUAAUACCUCCCCCGAGCCCACUUUCGAUGCUGCGGCACCGGGUCCCGAGUCUGUCUCUGCUGAUGGCUUGCCUGCGUAUCUCUCUACAGAGUCAGCAGGGAACUUGUACCCCAGCGUGGAUAGUAAAGUGCCGUUUUCUGGAGAUUAUCUAGACGCUCCUGCGAAUGAAACCGCAGAUCUGCAUGAGACUGAAGUGGCUAAGCCUUCUGCGGAAAGUGACGAUGACUUUGACUUUGAAGAAUUGAUGAAGCCGCAGUCGUCUGCUUCUCUGCUCGCGAGACCGCAGGAGACCGAGCCGGAGGUCGACGCCGUCGCUGCAGCUGAUCUGCCGGAUGAGAGAGCAUUCCCAGAAGAUGCUGAAGCUGAAGCUGCUGAUGCUGAUGCUGAUGCUGAACCUUCAGAAACUGCGCCGGCAGGUGAGGAAGACGAGGCGGCUAUUGAUGCGAUGCUGAAAGCGCUGCAGGACGAGAUCGACGAGGAAGAGCGCGCGGAAGCUAGAGCGAAGCGCGAAGCCCGUCGGCAGGCGCUGGCGGCGAAGGCAGCGGCUGAGGCAGCGGCUGCUGCUGAAUCUGAGCAGGCUGAAGGCGAUGAGGAGCAUACUGGUGAUGCUGUGUUUAUUCAGACUGCGGAUGAUGAGGCUGCGGAGGCGAAGCCUUCUGCUGAGGAGGAGGAGAUUGUUGAUGAAAAGGUUCCCGGUGAGGAUGAGGAAGUUGCCGAAGUAGUCCCCACCGAGAGCAACGAAGAACUCAAAACCCCCGAAGAAUACGAACGCGCGACGGACGCGCACGCAGACGAGUACGAAGACGCAGCAGCAGCCGCAGCAGCAGCAGAUUCUGACCUGAACCUGACCGCGACCGACUUUUACUCGCGCGCGGAGUCCGACAUGGCGGGGUCGACUGAGAUUGCGGAGAAAGACGAGGACUCGGUCGAGGAUCUGUCGGAGGCGCAGGCGAUUCGGAAUUUGGGGCAGUAUGAGGAUCAGCCGGGGAAGACGGUGUCGGUGAGAGGGAGGAAGGCGGAUGAGAUUGAGCUUGAUGAGUUGAAGAGUAAAGUUCCUGAGGUUGAGGUAGAGGAGCAGACGGAGGUGGUUGAAGGUGAGGUGAUUGAAAGUCAGCAGGAAGGAGCUGAGGAAGUCGCUUCAGAGACGCAGGAAGAAGACAUCGACAGCGACGAAACCGGCAAAGACUACGAAAUCAUCAGCAUGCCCUCCUCCGACUCCGAAGAGCACGGAAUCCCACCCGCGCCCACCACCACAGCUGAAGAAGACAUCGCGCCGGCGGAGGAAGAGUUUGAAGACCGACGCGGGCUGGAGUAUGAGUCUGAUUUGAUUGCGAAUGAGUGGGGAAGCGUUGUGCCGGAUAGUUUUGGCGAUGGGUAUUAUGGAGGGUAUAGAGCUCAGGAGACGGCGCCGGUUGCUGCUGAGACUACGAAUGAGCCUGGAGAGGUGGCUGUCGAAGAUGCUCAGCCUAGUGUUGAUGGCGCGGUCGAGUCAGAUGUUGAUGGUGCGGCUGAUGACGCGGAUGAAACCCCAGAGGCUGUCGCCGAGCAAGCCGUUGAUGAGCCAGAACUCGCUGAAGAGAUCUCGGAAGCUCCUGAGACUGACGAGCUAGCUGCAGAAACGGAAGAGACCGCCGAGCCUGAAGAGACCUUAAACCCUGAAGAGACCUCCGAGCCUGAAGCGACCUCCGAACCCGAACAAACUGCAGAGGAAGAGACUGAUGCCAAGCCUUCUGACUCAAGCGACGGUGGUGUCGAAGAGGAGGUUAUCGACGGUGAUGCAUUGGAUGAAGAAGAAACGGCGGUUGCGGAUGAAGGUACUUUCGAGCCGGCGAUCGAUGUCGAGGAAGAAUCGACUGAAACGACAGAGACCGCUGAAGUCGCAGAAAAAACUCCUGAUGCUGUCGAUGUCGAUGAGGAGUUGGAUGAGAGUGAGGGAGUUGAAGAACCGGUAGAGGAAACUCCUGAUGUUGUCGAGGUCUCUGAGGAGGUGGAUGAGUCUGCGAAGGUCGAUGUCUCUGAGGAUGUCAAUGAGCCCGAGAAGGUCGAUGAGACUGAGGAGGGUGAAGAGUCUGCGGAGGAGGCGGAUGACACUGAGCCCGCCGUUGUGACUGAGCAGGUAGCCGUGCCUGAUGAGCAGCUGGUUGAGGGCACUCUCACUAGCGAAGAAGCUGUCGAGGAAGGUACUCCCGAUGCCGUUGAGCCUAUUGAUGCGGAAGAGACCUCAGCGUCAACGGUCGUCGCCGACGAUCUGGGAGCAACUUCAAUCGCGGAAGCGCCUGUAUCUGAGGAGGUUGAGGACACUCCUACCGAAGAAGUGUCUGAGGAAACUGUUCAGGAAGAAGAAGCUGUGGUUGAGGAAGAAGAUGCUGCUGAGGCAAAAUCAGACGCUGAGCCCGAGGAGACUGCAGAUGACGCUGAGCCUGAGGGAUCUGCAGUUGAAGAAAGUGCAGCCGUGACUGACGAGACAGCGACAGCAGAGGAGGAAUCAGUUACCUCCGCGGGUGUAGAUAUCAAGGAGGCAAGUGAAGUUGCCGAACAGGACGAAGAAGAGGCGGAGGAGAGCGAUGGAGCGAGUGAAGCAUAGAGAAGUUUGGUUUAAUAGUUUUGUUUAUGUUGUGGAGGAUGUUUUUGGUAGUUUGUGCAUGUGGGGGGAGU